UCUGCCAGUUCUUCUCAGGAGACCCGGAAUCAUGAAGGUGCUGCUGGUGAUCGCUUUGGCUCAGCUGGCCGUCGGCUUUGAGCUGACCGACCCCGACUGGGUCGCCUUCAAGAGCACCCAUGGCAAGGCAUACUCGCACCCCGCCGAGGAGGCCGCCCGUCUGGCCAUCUUCAAGGACAACCAGCGCCUGAUCGCCGAGCACAACGCCGGCAACCACUCCUUCAAGCUGGGCGUCAACAAGUUCGCCGACCUCACCAACGCCGAGUACCGCCAGCUGCUCGGCCACAGGGCGGCCGAGAGGCGCGGCCUGAAGGCGUCCGUCAAGCACAUGAAGAGGGGCGUCACUGAGGCCACCAAGGACUGGCGUGAGGCUGGCGCCGUCACCGCCGUCAAGGACCAGGGCCAGUGCGGCUCGUGCUGGGCCUUCUCGACCACCGGCGCUGUGGAGGGCAUGUGGGCCCUGGCUGGAAACCCGCUGAUUGCGCUCAGCGAGCAGCAGCUCAUGGACUGCUCCUACAGCUACGGAAACCUGGCCUGCAACGGUGGCUUCGAGUCUGAGGCCUUCCAGUACAUCCAGGACGAGGGCGGCAUCAUGUCUGAGGACGACUACCCCUACACCAUGUCGUCGCACCUGCACUGCAACUACGACCCGGCCAAGGCGGCCGCCAAGAUCUCCUCCUGGGUGCAGAUCUCCGAGGGCGACGAGUCCGAGCUGGAGGACGCCGUCUCCAACAUCGGACCCAUCGCCAUCGCCAUCGACGCCUCGCACUUUUCGUUCCAGCUGUACUCGAGCGGCGUGUACGACGAGCCUCGCUGCAUGAACGGCUACAACGAGCUGGACCACGGCGUGCUGGCCGCCGGCUACGGCACCGAGAACGGCCAGGACUACUGGCUCGUCAAGAACUCGUGGGGCGCCAGCUGGGGUAUGGACGGCUACAUCAAGAUGAGCAGGAACGCCGGCAACCAGUGCGGCGUGGCCACCGACGCCAACUACCCUCUGCCCUGAACACGUCGUCAUUAUCGCAUGGGUGGUAAUGCUAAGCAUUAUCUGAGUGUGCAAAGUCUGUAAUAAAAAAUUUCCGAAUAAAAUCGUUCCUGAAUAUA